UAAUGUGGGUGGGAAGAAAAUAAUUCUUGUUGUGGUAUAUUACGAAUAUGACAUUUCUGGAGUAUAUUCUCUUAAUGGAAGCUGUUUGGGGAUUUAUUUUAUACCGAACACGGGAAUAUUAACGUAAACUCUCGCGUCGCACAACAACUUUCGUUGAUGGCCUAAACCGUGAGCGUAAUGAUGGCUGAUGUUGAGAAUGGCGAUCAGACCUUGGACACGGUGAGUUUGCGGACAGAGGGCAGUCAUUUUGGAGAUGAUGGAGAAAGCUCUCUGGGCUCCGACUCCGAGCUCAACGGCUUCCCAGGCUCCAGAGAGACGGACAAGUACGGCUUUAUCGGAGGAGCGCAGAAGUAUUCAGCCGAAUCGGCUCAGGACGUUCCCCCGGAGGUGUUGAGGCAGAGAGAGCUGAAAUGGUUAGAGAUGCUGAAGGACUGGGACAAAUGGAUCAGCAAGAGAUUUAAGAAGGUGAGACUGCGAUGUCAGAAAGGAAUCCCUCCAUCGAUGAGAGGCAGAGCCUGGCUUUACCUGUCAGGAGGGAAAGUAAAGAAGGAGCGAAACAGCGGAACUUUCAAGGAGCUGGACAGCAUGGAGGGCGAUCCAAAGUGGAUAGAUGUGAUUGAGAGAGAUUUACACAGACAGUUCCCUUUCCAUGAGAUGUUUGUGUCACGAGGAGGACAUGGGCAGCAGGAUCUGUUGCGGGUGCUAAAGGCCUACACACUCUACAGGCCUGAUGAAGGUUACUGUCAGGCUCAGGCUCCUAUCGCUGCAGUGCUGCUCAUGCACAUGCCUGCUGAGGAUGCAUUUUGGGGUCUUGUUCAGAUCUGUGAGAAAUACCUUCCCGGUUACUACAGCGCAGGCUUGGAGGCGGUUCAGCUGGACGGAGAGAUCCUGCAUGCGCUGUUGAAGCGAGUGUGUCCUUUGGCGUAUCGACACCUGGACAAGCACAAGAUCGAGCCGGUGCUCUACAUGAUGGAGUGGUUCAUGUGCGCUUUCUCCAGAACUCUGCCCUGGGCCUCGGUCCUCCGAGUGUGGGACAUGUUCCUGUGUGACGGAGUGAAGAUUAUAUUCCGUGUGGGCUUGGUGUUGUUGAAGUCCAUGCUGGGAUCUCGGGAGAAGCUGAAGGCCUGUCCGGGUCAGUAUGAGACCAUGGAGGUCCUCCGUGCGAUCGAACCCAAGUACAUGCAGGAGGCCUUCUUAGUGCACCAGGUUCUGGAGUUGCAGGUCUCGGCGCGGGAUGUGGAGCGCGAGCACCGCACGCAGCUGAAGCGCUGGAAGAAGAAGCGCGGCGAGCCCACCCGCAAACCCCCUCAGAGAAUGCACAGUGCUCGCGCCAUCAUGGCCAACGAGCCUCAUACACGCCAAGACCUCCGCCAAAACCCCACCAUUAUCGUCCAGUAUCCAUCAAUCCCUGAGGAAAAGUCUGAGCCGAGCCUCAGGAAAAAGAGAGGGUCCCUAAAGAGAGCCCCCAUUCCUAACAUUCCUAACCCCUACGCCCUACCUAGUGAGUCUAAACCUAGUCAGAUAUUGGAAGUACAGCCUCUGAACAACGCAAAUCAAGAUGUUGUACCUCCAAAUCCACCAGCACAUCCACCCCCGCUCCCUACAAUGCAGGAAAAUCGGGUCAAAAAGACGAACACUUCUACAGAGCGACUCGUGCAGUCGUCCUCGAAUUCCUCCAUCAAUAAGAAACCGGCAGAAUCUCUCCCUCUGCAGCAUCUAUCACUCCUAACUGCUCCUGCACACGAAUCGCGUCUAGAGUGGCGUCCUCACCUGCUGGACUCUCCUCCUGUCCAAUUCCCAGAACCUGUCCCUAAUAAUACAGAAAACUCAGCCGCCAUUUUGAAUCCAUCUACAGACUCAAGCCCUCUGCUUACGCACAACGUACCUGCCAACGAAGACUCGACUGCUGCUUAUGAGGACAAAAACGGCGCUUCACGCAACUCUACAGGGAGCAUCAACAGCUCAGAGGACACCUACUUGUAACUCGCUCACUGUCGCCACCUGGUGGCUUGGAGGAACAGGAAGCUGCAGCGUUGGGAAAAAUUUUUACGUUCAGUAGCUAAUUUGAGUGUGAUAAUUUACACAUUUAUUCACUCUUAAACAAAUGAUUUGUCUUAAAAUCUAAUUUACACAAUUCACCCCAGAGGCAGCCAAGAUAGGUGUCUAAAGUGUGUUUCUUUAGCUUCGUACUGGAGAGUCAGACACCAAACAUGCCUUGGCUGAUUUACUAAAUUUGGGAUGAGGGGAAAAUGGUGCAAAUUUGACUGACAAUUUUUGUUUUUUUGUUUUUUUUAAUUUAUUUUUUUAUUAAGAAAUGUCUAUUUCAUUAGGGAAAGAAACUCUGAGAGGUCAGUUAAGGUUCAGUGAUGUCAGAGAAAAUCCUGGAAGAAUACUGUAUCAUGAGCGUCUCACACGCUGCCAUCUUGGUGUCACUGCGGAGCUGAGAAUGAUCCACUACCCUAAUGAAUCUACUCGGCAAUGGCCUAAUCAGGUUUCCUUUCCAUUAAUGGAUGGUGUAGAGAACGGCUGACAGAUGAGCUUCAGUCAGUUAUAUUUCUAAAAAAGGAUAAACCUGCCAGAGUAUACUUCAGUAAUGUAGAUUUAUACUCAGACUUGCCAUAUGAGACCGUACAAAUGGUAAACAAAAUAAAUUCCUGGAGCUUUGACAUGUGAGUCCCUAAAUCUCAAGGGAAGUGGAGAGUCACACUACUUUAGGACCAAUUCUUAACUCUCAGAUCCAGAGCAGUAUUUGAGGUUCUGACGUUUUUACGUCUGAGUCUCUACAUCUGAGGCCGUAUGUGUGAGGUUCUGCAUCUGAGGCUGUGCGUCUGAGGCUAUACCUCUGAGGAUCUACCUCUGAAACUGUAUGUCUGAGGCUGUGUCUCUGAGGCUGUACAUCUGAGGCUGAGCAUCUGAGGAUCUAUGUUUGAGGCUCUGCAUCUGAGGCUAAAUACCCUAGGCUCUACGUCUGAUGCUCUGUGUCUGAGGAUCUACCUCCGAGGACCUAUGUCUGAGUCAGUGCAUUUGAGGCUCUUCGUCUGAGGCUAUACAUCUGAGGAUCUACCUCUGAAGCUCUAUGUCUGGGGCUGUACAUCUGAGGAUCUGUGUUUGAGGCUCUACAUCUGACUAACAACGUCUGAGGCUCUAGGUGUGGGGACAGUCUGUCUGAGGCUCUGCACCUAAGGCUGUACGUCUGAGGCUCUUCCUCGGAGUCUGCUUUCUGUUACUGUCUUAUUUGGUUCGUGUGAUGUCAUUCUAACACAAACGAGGUCAUUUUAACAUGUUUGUACAUUAAUGGGAUUGGUCAGAACUGCACAGUGGGCAUGUGCCAAUAUUUUCAUAUCACUUCUUGUAUCACUACUGUAUUUGGCACAUUAUAUGGAACACUGCUAAAUUAUUUUAAAAAUCCUUCUUUAGUCUAAUUGACAUUGAUGACAUUCUUGAAACUUUCCAAAUGUGACAAUUACUUAGAAGCUCAGCUUAAAAAAUGUGGCCUACCUAGUAGGGCUGGGCGAAUAAAAUAAUAUCCUAUUGUUAUUUUAAUUAAUCACGUCACUUUUAAGUCAGUAUGGUAUCAUGAGGGAGCAUCUAAAACAUGGAGCAACUGUAUUUUUAACAAUGUGAUGUUUCGUAAUUUUGAGACAGUUGGAUCUUUUUUUUUUUUUUUUUUUUAAUUGGUUGACUGUACAGUGUGUUAUCUUAUUUUAGCUAUUUUAUACCAGUUGAUUUUUUAAAAAAUUUUUUACUCUCCCUGAUUUUGUUUAAUUUCAUUCUGGAAAUGCCAAAAGUCUCAAUUCAUAGGUUAAUCAUCAGAUAUUUAAACAUGUCAUGGCACUAAUGCUAGACAGUAAUGCUACAUUCAGUUCAUUCCUUAUGUUUAUUCACUCAUUCACGUAUUCAGAAUUAGGUAAUAGGUUCGUCAUGCACGUACAUGUCUUGCCUCAUGUAUUGUGAUAUAUUUUUUCCGUAAUCUUCCACCGCUGCUAUCUACACCGCCACUUUCUGAACCGAAUACAGGGGUAUAGUUCAAUUAUUUUUUUUACCGUGUGUGUUAAACAGUGUGAUAUGUUGUAGAAUUGAUUAUUGGCACAUGUCUACUGAUUAGCAAGGAUCGAAAAGGUCUUGUAUGUGUUACAGGUUACUCAGGUGUAACUGCAAACAAUCUGAGAAAGGGAGAAACUCAUGGCUGUUUUUCUUGUUUCAGUUACUAGAGGGCAGACUUUGUCCAAAAAUGUACACUCUCUCCACAGAAAUGCCCGAGGAGUCUUUCCUCGCUACAGCCUUGAGAAGGGAAACUUCAUAACCUGCCCACAGAUUCGCUCUUGAAAGAAUCUCACAAGAAUCACAAACACUUCUUUAUAUUACACUUAUGCACGUGUAUUAAUUUGGCAGAUUUUUUUUUCUUUAUCCAAAGCAACCACCGCUUCUUUGUAUUUGUAUUUCGCAUCCUUACCACAUUUUACCAUUUCAUCAUCAUUUAUACAAGAGCUGCAUGAUUAUCACAACAAUCCUAUAUAAUAGCCGUACAAUUUUCAUUAACAUAAUCUCAAUGAAAUAUCUACUUUAUCUUGGCAUGUCCUGUAUACUUUAUGCGUAAACAAAACAACUCAAGCUGAGAACUUUAUUGCUGAUUUACUUUGUACCACAUCACUGUCGAAUUCUCUCUAAUACACUCUAAUAAGUUAUUGUUUCUAUAGUAACAAUUUACACAGGGAAUUGUAUGGUGGACGAUCUACAUAAUCUGAUAGUAACGAUAAACAUCUUGUUGUUUAACAAAGAAAAACGUAUAAUCAUCAGUGUGGUAUUUCAAAUUUACGGAAGGAGUCUCCAGUGUCAGCGCAAUAAGUUUUCUGUCAUUGGACGUUGUAACAUCACAAGCUGCUCGAUAUUAAAAUGCAAUUUUACACGACGGAAACAGUUACGUUUGCUUUUUUAAAUGGUUUUCUAGGAGUGCUAAGUUGAAAGCUGUAAUAUCUGGAUGAUCAUUUUGUAAGUUUAAAUCCCAGGAGUGCCAGAGAUGUUGGGAUCAAUCCUGAAUAAAACCUCCAACCCUCAACUGCUACUCAGUUUGUUCUGGAUUCGGGUUCACGUGUUAAGAUGCCUUGAGGAAAAAAAAAAAAUCUGCCAAAUAAAUCUGUUUGUAGACUGUUUUGUUCACCUUCAGCUACAUCCAGUUACACUCAUUUUUACAUAAUAACUCAUUAAUGGAAGCUGUUACUUUAUUUGUAUAUAUAUUUUUAAUAGCUGGAGCUUUGUGACACUAGUUUGUGUAGUUUUUUUUUUCAGAGAACACACAAUUACAACCAAUUUUAUGAAAUAAUUAUAAGAAUUUACUUCUAAAUUUACUACUCAAAAACUGAACAUUAUUUUGUAAAUAUUCCUAAAGCUUCGGGUCAAUUUUCUUACAUUUUUGUCAAACCUGAGCAUGUGCUGUUAUUACGUUCACUACCAUAAUUGCUAAACCUUUAAUGAUUUGCAUAUUAUUAUAUACUGUAUCAGAGAAACUUUACUUAUAAGUGGAAUUCUGGGGUUGUCUUCUUCGAGAAGGACUCUUGAGAUGCUGCGUGGGACAAACUAACGGACUUUGUUGAAAGUAUAAGGAGGUUGUCCUUUUAUCCUUUUGUACAACAGACUUCAUCUCAGGAGCAGAAAUGCUGACUACCCAGGAAGGGUGGUAUCUGAAUAUUCGGGAGAUGUUCACAAUAACAUUAUAAGGAUUAUAUUAUGUCUAAUCUACAAAUCUGUCAUUCUGUAGAUGUUGUACAAUCAGAUGCCUCCUAAUAAAAACAAUAACCAGACAGAA